GCUGCCCCCCCACUUCUCUCUCACUCUCUCUCUCUCUCGUUGCACCCUCCCACCCCUUGGUAUCUGCACCAUCCCCCACUUCUCUCUCUCUCUGUUUCCAUCCCGCCUGCAAAAAAAAGAGAAAAAGCCCCCGAGAUCACUGGAGCCUGUCGAAGCCGCCGCAGCAGCAGCAGCAGCAGUUAGGCUGCCUUCAGACUCGAGCCACAAAGGAGCCGGACACAUUGGACACAUUCGCCUCUGAAUCCAGAAAUCGAGCCCCAGCUGAUUUGCAUAUCCAUUCCUCCUCCUCCCUCCUUCAUUUCCCUUUCCUUCCUUGAGAAUGGCAGGCGGACCCCCCACUGACAAAUACAGUUUUCUCUACCAGACAGACAGCAGCCACUUAAAGAGUAAGAGCAGACUGUCUUCCACCAUGAAUCCGGUCUACAGUCCCGUUCAGCCUGGGACUCCAUACGGAAACCCCAAAAACAUGGCCUACACAGGUUACCCAGGAGGUUAUCCCACCGCCGCUCCAGCGUACACGCCCAGCCUCUACCAGACGGGCAGUCCAGGGUACCCCCCAGUGGUGCUGGUGAAGCAGGGCUGGCCCCAGACGGUGUCGGCCACGGGGCCUGCUGAAGGCUCCUUUGACCUGGCCAUGGACGCGGGCUCAGAGAGCAGGCAGUUCCAGGCCUCGUCCACUGCAUUCAGAUACACUGCAGGUACUCCCUAUAAAGUGCCCCCGACUCAGUCUAAUGGAGCCCCCCCUCCGUACUCCCCCUCUCCAAACCCUUACCCCACGGCCAUGUACCCCAUCCGAAGUGCCUACCCUCAACAGAACCUCUACGCUCAGGGAGCUUAUUACACACAGCCGGUGUACGCUGCCCAGCCGCAUGUAAUCCACCACACCACGGUGGUCCAGCCCAACAGCAUCCCCUCCGCUAUCUACCCCGCCCCCGUCCCGGCCCCCCGCCCCAAUGGAGUGGCCAUGGGAAUGGUGGCAGGAACCACAAUGGCCAUGUCAGCAGGUACACUGUUGACCACGCCCCAACACACUCCCAUUGGACCACACCCCGUUACCGUGCCAACGUAUCGUCCCCAAGGAACGCCUGGGUACAGCUAUGUGCCACCUCACUGGUAGAGCCCACCUGCCAAUCAUAUCUGGAGUCAAACAUCGUAUGCAACUACUCAAGUCUUACAUUGGCACUCUGUGAUCAACAGGGACCACGUCUGUUUGCAAGAACAAAAGAAAAAAAAAGGGUCACUUUAUGCAUUCUUAAGUGUUUUUGUAAAAGCUGCUUUUUUAUUUUUUAUUUAAAUAGAUUUUUCUUUUCUCUCGUGUUUUGUCUUAUAAUUUUGGGCCUACGUUGUUGCAUUAGGUCUUUUUUUUUUCUUUCUUUAAUUCCACAUUUCUCGACGAUUAACUCCUGCAGAAACUCCAGAAUGAUUUCGACCAAUCGCGACUUUGAAACGAUCCGGGUUUUGUUUUUUUUUGGUUUUUUUUUCGCGUAAUAAUGCCGGUGUGUAGGAAUGUACGUGGCGCAAUAUCGUCAUCACCAUGCUCAUCACGACUCGACAAGUUAUGCUGCCAAAUUUUAUAACUUUUAGAUAUUAGUACAGGGUUGUUUUGUUUUUUUUUUUAUUUUAUUUUUAUUUAUGUAAAUUCGAUUCAGUUCAGAUUCCCUCAUAGCGUACCCUUUCAGAAGGGCUGUUUUUUCAAAUUUUGAUUUCCUCUUACACGCAUAUUUUAUCCAACUGUUUUCUGUUCAUCUUCUAGCAUCGAUAACAAGGGUGUCUUCCAGCUUGUAGCAGUUUAUUAGGUACAUUUGUAAUAAAUAUAUCCGCUGUAGGGCAGUGCGACGUGGUUUUAAACUUCAUUAGGACAUCGAGUACUUACAGUAAUCUCAGUUAUUCGCUUAGUAGAGGACGCUGGAGUGAGCUGGUUUCUUCAUUAGUUUGUUCAUCGGGAUAGAGUAAGCUUCUAAAUUAUGAUGUGCAUAUUAUAUUUAUAUAUAUGUGUGCAUUUAUGUGCUCUUGCGGAGGCAUGCAACUGCAUGUACGCACGAACGCACUGAAAAACACACGGGGGAAAAAAAAAGCAACGACGUGCCGAAGCGCGUGAUGUAAAAUAUCGCGAGGAUUUCUGUCUGUGGCACUUAGCUGGAGGUUCCAGGUCUGAUGGCAGUUAAACUCAAUCGAACGCGUGCCAACACGGAGGACAAUUGGGACGGACGCUGCUCCGGUUCAACUUUCAGGAUCUCCGUUAGGAUUUAAAGGGAUUUUACUGCAUUGGGAUGAACGCAGGUAGCAAACAGGGCGGAGGAACGGGUGAGCCGAGGCGAAUGGGAACGGAUAAAGGUUCAUCCUGCCUUUCUCCGACACCUGCUCCGGGUCGUAGACUUAGUCUUUAAGGUGAACGUCAGCGUUUUCUAAACCUAAUCUCAUUCUGAUGCCCCUGUACCAUUACAAUGAUUACCACUUAAAACAUUUCCCUGUCCACAGAAAAGAACUGAAACCCAUUUAUUUGAAAAGUUAUAAUAGAAGUCAAUGGGCAGUCGCCGAAUUCUGUGAAUAAAUGUUUGAAAUUUAUCGCUGUUGUCGGAAGAAAACCUCGUAUCUCCAUUUGUGAUGUGUUUUUUUUUUAUUAUUUUUGACAUAAUUUGAAAAUACAUGUUGCCCUGUAUAUUGUAUGUAAAUUUCAUGAUGAAUGGACCCAGAAACGACCCAACAUGACUUGGAAGAAAGUCUGGUUCCAUUGACUUACAUUAAAAGUGAAGUAGGUUUUUUCCCCAA